UCCCACUAGCUGAGUAACAGGUAUCUGAUAGUCGAGGCACUCGACUUUAGCGUUCUCUUCUGUUUUUAGCAUAAAUCUAUUCAUAUUACUUCUUCCCAAAGGUAGAUACUCUAGAUGCCAAGAUUGUUACUAUGUUAACACCUAAUCUUAUCGGAUGGUAACUCACGGGAGUAAUCCGCACAUGUGCGAAAAUAUCGAGCCAGAAGCACAGAGGCACAUUUAAGAGAUCGCCGGAAUGAGUUUUGAAGUCGCGCUCGGCCGCGACUUUGGCUUUCUUUUCGCCAGAGCGCGCUCUCUCUGAAGAGAGAAAAAAGAGAGAGGGAGAGAGACCGGCUGUUUUGAGUACGGAGUACGAGUAGUAAUGUAGUGGUAGUGAUAUGGCAAUGGCAUUCGCAUUCUGGCCUCUUUCUAGUCACUCGAAAAGCAUUCGCCUGGGAAACUGAAUCGGAAUCCUUAUCCCAUUCAGCCAAUCCAUGUCCCUACACAUACAAAUGCAUAUGUAUGUAUGUUGUUCAGCGGCGUUCAUAAUGCGGCGAGAGAACAGCUUUUAGCUUUCGGAGCGAUCGAGAUCGCAGAUUGCUUGGCGGUACGGCCGCCGCUACCAAGUGCGGAUCGCCGAGCAGUGUUCAGUCCGCAGCGGGAACUCAAGCGAGCCGAAACGAAACAUCGCCAGAUACAGAUACAUAUUCUGUGGUUCGCAGCACUUGGUCCAUCGGCUCGUUCUCGUCCGCUUCGUUUAUUUACGCGCGCGCGUUAGAAUUAGCCAACUGCUUGAGUUCCACUUGUACUCCAGUUGUUACUCCAGUUCUAGUUCUAGUUCCAGUUCCAAUUCGAAAUCCAAUUCCAUAUACUAGUGUAUCCUGGCCAGCCAUGUCGGCCAGAUAGCGACAACGACAACGACAGCGAUAGCGAUAGUAUGCGAAGCAAUCGGCGCGUUCUUGUGAACUCUGACAUGGUGCACAGUUGUGGGACAACCUUCGCCACCGAAAAGUUUGCAAAAAUAGUCACUGGCCGAAAGCGAAAAGAAAGCCAGAAGCGCAGAAUGCCAAAGGUGACCAAAGGUGACCAAGUUAAUGGUGCAGCUCGAAAGUGAAUGCAAUCGGCGCGAUGUGUGAAGUUCAAGCUUAACAUUGGCCAGCCACGAAUAAAUUCUGUGAUUCGGCAAAAAGAUUCAUCAUGAGAUCGUACAUAGGCUAGAGCAGUAGUACUAAAGUAGUUUAUCUAGCUAAUCGCAGCCAUAAGUGUGUGAGUCGUUUUAAUACCCACGAGCCGUAGCCGUAGCCGUAGCCACAGCCGUAGACUUCGCGUUUCUGUUCGUAAUUUCGCAUUUUUUGGCGGGUGCGGUGCCCACGGCAACGGAACGAGACUGUCGCAUUUCAAUUAACAAAAUAAGCAAAGAGCCAAAGAGCCAAAGAGCCGUAGAGCCAACAUAAGUGUAAAGAUACAUAUACGAGUAUCUACGAGAUAUAUGUACAUACUUAUUGCCGCACAUACGCACUGUGGAUUUUGCUGCUCUUUCGCGCGCAUUUUUGCACGUGCCAUUUGCGAUUUGGGAUUCGGGAGAUUGGACUUGGGAGAUUGCUAUCUUAUCUGGUCAUCGCCAUCGCCAUCGCCAUGCCGGAUGCCGGUUCACUCGCAGCGUCCGCCGGCGGCCAGGAGGUCGAGUGCCAUCGCCUGCUGUCGGACUUGCCCGCCUUCGCGUAUCCCAGCACCACACUGCGCUCCACCACUUCCGGUCACAGCACACGCACGAAUAGCACCACCGUGUGCGAGUCCCCCGGUGCAGGGGAUCGUGGCUCCUCCUCCACCUCCUCCAACGCCUCCGAUGAUGACGAGGAUGAGCGUGCCCUUGAGCGCUGUCUGCGGGGGACGACGGACGACCUUGGGGAGGCCGGCCUGCGGUAUUCGCUGAAAGGACCACCGCCGGAGCUCUACUCGGCCAAGAAGGACUUCAUCAGCAAGGGACCGCUGCUGGGCAGACAGCUCGAGGUGAAGAAGAGGUGUGAAUGGUGGUUCCACAAGUACCUACAGAAGAUGUCCACCCACUGGCGGCAGAACGCCUGCCUGUAUGCCUGCUGCAUCGCCUUCCUGCUGGGCAUGUUCCUCAUGUUCCACCUCGGGGUGCUAGGUGCCCAUAAGGGCAAGCAGGAGUUGCCAUCCAUCAGUCCUGCACCUGCUCCUGCUUCUGCACCUGCACCACCAGUCACGAUCCAUCCCAGAAGGUUUGACAACGACACCGCGACGGACCACGAACCACCCGAUGGCCUGGAGGAUCUGGAUCUGGACGAGGAGGAGGAGCACAGCGUCCUCGUGACGCCCACCAAGGUCUACAACUACAGUCUCAGCGAAGCUGAUCUGAUCUACGAGUCGAAGCGCAACAGCGACAUCAGUUUUCUGAAAGAGUCCUCAUCGGCCUUCAGCAUGACGGGAACGUAUCGCAACAUGUCCAACGAGAUCUGGGACCCGCAUCCGCAGUACAACCUCAAUGUGUUCGGUCGCCAGUUGCACUUGGUGCUGCGGCAGGACGCCUCGUUCGUGCACAACCACUCGAUGCCCCACAUCCGGAUACUGAAGGAGGGGGAGGAGCAUCCGGGGCCGGAGACGGAGGCGGAGCAGCGCCACCUGGGCUGCUUCUACUCCGGCUACGUCGAGGACGAUCCGCACUCGAUGGUCUCCGUCUCACUGUGCGGCGGCAUGACUGGUUAUAUCAAAACGAGUUUCGGCGCGCUGCUCAUUGAGCCGGUGAACCGGACCAGCAGCGAUGAGGUUCUCCACCGGGUCUUUCGGAAGUCGCAGCGCAAUGCCAGACACGCUGUCUCCAAGCUCGAGCUGGGCCUGGACGCCUUCAUGAGCAAGCUGGAGCAGGAGCAGGAGCACCAGGAGGAGGAGGAGGAGCAGAGAUCCAGGAACCGCAAACUGAACCGAAAGAAGCGACACUACGCGGACGUGGACAACCAGGUGUACACCCUGGAGGUGCUCAUUGCCGUGGACAACAGCAUGAAGCAGUUCCACGGCGAGGACCUGCAGCCCUACAUCCUCAUCCUCAUGUCGAUCGUGUCCAGCAUCUUUGCGGACGCCAGCAUCGGUAACUCCAUUCGCAUUUUGCUGGUGCGACUCAUCAGCCUGCCGAAUAUCAACGACCAGACGCAUUCCAGCAACGAAAUGCUGAAGCACUUCUGCCAGUUCAUCAACCAGUCCGGAUACGAAAGGGACACCGCCAUGCUGAUCACCCGCGAACCCAUCUGUGGCAGCGUGCCGGGCAAGAUUUGCCACAUGCUGGGCCUGGCCGAGCUGGGCACCGUUUGCAGCUCCAGUUCCUGCUCCAUUGUCCAGGACACCGGACUGCCCACCGCCUUCACCAUGGCCCACGAGCUGGGACACAUCUUGAACAUGAACCACGACGACGACGACAAGUGCAUGCCGUAUGUGACCAGGCAGAACAACAACAAGGUGCUCCACAUCAUGUCCAGCGUGAUGGGCAUCCACAUGCAUCCGUGGUCGUGGUCCAAGUGCUCCCGCCACUUUGUCUCCGAGUUUCUCGAGAAAACCGACAAGUCCUGCCUGGAGACCUCCGUGGGUGGACACAUUCCGUACGGCACCGAGCGCCUGCCUGGAGAGAUCUACUCCCUGGACGCCCAGUGCCAGCUGAGUUUCGGCAACGACUUCGGCUACUGCCCCACGGACGAGGAGUGCAAGCGGUUGUGGUGCAACCGCACCUCCGGCAACUCCAAUGAGCAGUGCGCCUCCAGCAAUCUGCCGUGGGCCGAUGGAACGCCCUGCGGCGCCAGUGGCCACUGGUGCCAGAGGGGCCGGUGUGUGUCGAACAAGCUCGGAUACGGACGCCAGGUGAACGGCGGCUGGGGACCCUGGACGCCGUUCACGCCCUGCAGCCUCACCUGUGGUGGCGGAGUGCAGGAGUCGCGGCGGGAGUGCAACCAACCGGUGCCGGAGAACGGCGGCAAGUACUGCACGGGAAGCCGCAAGAAGUACCGCUCGUGCAACACGCACCAGUGUCCACUGGGCAGCAUGGAUCCGCGCGAGCAGCAGUGCUAUGCGAUGAACGGGCGGAACAUGAACAUUCCGGGCGUGAACCCAGACACCAAGUGGGUGCCCAAGUAUGAAAAGGAUGCGUGCAAGCUCUUCUGCCGCAUGGACAUGAAGGUCACCUACUUCAUGCUCAAGAGCAUGGUCACCGACGGCACCUCCUGUGCGGUGGACAGCUUCGACAAGUGCGUCAACGGCAUCUGCCGGCCGGCGGGAUGCGACAACGAGCUCAACUCGAUUGCCAAGCUGGACAAGUGCGGCGUGUGCGAGGGUCGCAAUGACACAUGCCACGAGGUAACCGGAAACCUGCUCGUCUCCAAUCUCCGGGGGCUAAACGAUGGCAAUGAGCCGAACAAGACCCUCUACUAUGUGACGCGAAUACCAAAAGGUGCAUCCAACAUUAUCAUCACCCAGCGCGGCUAUCCCGACCAGAACUUCAUAGUACUGACCGAUGACCGGGACAACGAACUUCUCAAUGGCAAAUUCCUAAAGACCUAUCCACUGAAGUUCGUUUAUGCCGGGGUCACGAUGCAGUACACCGGAUCCAGUAGUGUGGUGGAGCAGGUGAACACGACCUACUCAUGGAAACUGUCCCGUGAUCUCAUAGUACAGAUCAUCUCGCUGGACGUGAGUCCGUCGAAGCGCCAGGACACUGUCCUGAUGUCCUACUCCUACACCAUCGACAAGCCACAGGACUACGAGGCGGAGGUGGAGAUCUAUCGCUGGGAGAUGCAGGCCCCCAGCAACUGCGAUUCCCUCUGCGAGGGCAGGAGUCACCGCCAGCCGGCCUGCAUCAGCACCACCCAGGGUGUGAAGGUUGCCCCACAGUUCUGCGACAAGUCCGCCAUGCCGAAAGUCGAGGAUCGGGCUUGCAACACCGACUGCCGCCUUAAUCUCACUGUGACGAGCAUCUCGGAGUGCUCGGCCGCGUGUGGAGAACUGGGCACCCGGGAGAAGGCCUACGCCUGCGUCCAGACAUUCACGAAUAUGCAGCGGUCCAAUAUCGUGGACAUGUCCUAUUGCAAGCUGAAGUUCGAUGUGGCCUACCACGAGGAGUGUCGCGAGGGAUGCUGGCGCCUCUCAGAGUGGUCCACUUGCUCCAAGUCGUGUGACACUGGAUCGCAGCAACGUGAGGCCCACUGCUACCUGCACAACGCCCGUGUCAGCGAUGAUCUUUGCAAUCCGCGGACCAAGCCCCAUUUGAGCGCCCUUAUCAGGAUAUGCAACACCGAGUCCUGUCCGACAUAUAUAUCAAGCACACUAUAUAGGGCACCCACAGUUAGUAACUGGGUGAUUGGAGAAUGGGGCGAGUGCAAUGAGUGGUGUGAGAAGACUCGAUCCGUGAGCUGUUCACAUCCCUACGGCAUCGGCUGCGGGAGCAGAAAGCCCAAGGACGUCCGCAAGUGCUGCCACAUCAAGUACACCAGCGAUUGGACAGACUGCUCGGUGCAAUGUGGCGAGGGCGUCAAGAGGAAGAAGCAAAGCUGCACGCGGGUCUACAAGCCGGAUGUGCCGGGUACCCGGAAGCGGCGGGGGGACGGGGGCGAGGCCUACUGCAUUAGCCGAAAGGGGCAUCGCCCCAAGCUGCGCACCACCACCAAGUCCUGCAAGAUCAACUGCAAGUGGAACGCCUCGGACUGGAGGCGUUGUCCUGCCGACUGCUCGGAGGACUACCAAACGCGGGACGUGCGCUGCGAGACCUGGCAGGGUGACGGAGUGGAGGACAAGCACUGCGAUGUCAAGAAGCGCCCUUCCAAGCGACGCAUCUGCAACCACUGCGUGCGCCGAGAGUCGAGAGUCAUCUCGCAGUGCAACUGCGAGGGCGUGGAGAAGAGGCGGGACUUCUGCUUCAACACGCACAAGGGUCGCAUCGCCUGUCCCACCCGCGCCAGGGUGGAGCGGCACAGCUGCACUCCGCCGCCACAUUGCCGGAGGAGGAGUGCCAUCGGGAGCAGCAUCAGCAGCAGACCGCGGGGCACGGGAUUGAGUAGCAGCCGGAGCUUGAAUGCAAUUGGAGGUUCACGGAAUCGGGGAAGGCCGAGGAGCUGUGCGGACCUGAAGGAGAUGCACGGCUACAACGAGGAUGGCAACUAUCAGGUGGAGGUGAGGUCGCGGAUGGUGCACAUCUACUGCCACCAGAUGAACAGCCGGACGCCGCGGGAGUACGUGAACGUGGAUCCGCAGGAGAACUACUCCAUCUACUACGAGUACAGGACGAAGCAGACCAACAGCUGUCCGCCGGAGUCGCGAGCCCACGAGUACUACAACGACCAGAACUCCGGCCGCACGCACUUCAGGAAGCUGCGGCUGAACAUCACCGAUCUGCGCAUCCUGGACAACGACUUCCAGUUCGCCGACGUGCGCGGCCUGCCCCAGAAGCUGGGCUCAGCGGGCGAUUGCUACAAUCGCAUUGGCCAGUGUCCGCAGGGCGACUUCUCCAUCAACAUGAAGGACACGGACUUCACCAUACGGCCGGGAACCGUGUGGCGCAUGCAUGGGCAGUACUCGAUCAUGAAGCGCAUCAGUGAGUUCGAUACCACGGCGCAGAUGCGAAGGGGAUUCUGCGGAGGAUACUGCGGCGGUUGCUACGUCGCGCCCGAUUCUGGCCUUUACCUGGACGUGUUAUGACUGAAACCACUGAGUAGUCAGCGGGAAACUUUGUUUGACCUUCCCACGGUAAUCGGGUCUACGUCCCGGGAAGGACCAAGGGUAAAGUUAAUCCGAGCAUCCCAGCAUUUCAGGGUUACCCCAGCCAAGAAUUACCACUACGGAGAGUCGUCGCUCUAGCCAACGAUGGUUGAAAGUAUUCUCGAAUAUUAGUUAGGAUACGAGUAUGUAAGCCUUAGCCUUAUCGUGUCGAAGUAGCCCGAACAAAACAACCAUAUACCAUAUACCAUAUCGUCUGUAUAUAUACUUGUAUUUCACUCGAAAUUAGUAACUAGAUAUUAUUGCCAUGUAAUGUAUUAAGUAUUGUAAAUACUAGAGGAUGUGAGCCCCUAACUUUUAGCAACUAGGGGUUAUCCAUAUUGUACACCACCAUCAAAGGUCGCCGCUCAGAUAAGCCCAUGUGCCACGUAUGCAGUGAUGGAAGGAUCCUUUGCCUAGGUAACUCUUACCCUACCAAGAAAUGCAUUUCAAACGAUGAAUAAGUUAACAUACACUUACACUUACACCUAUACUUUCCUCCACACCCACCCACCAUUGUAUUCCCCGGAACAAGACUAGGCUAUAAGAAAUGGCACCUCUUCCAUCACUCACCAAGCGAAAGAACGAAGAGCUCGACUAAACUAGUGCAAUGCCGGUCUGUACAAUAGUUGUAUUAGCUAAGCUCCGCGAUUAGUUAGUUAAGAGAUAGAGAGAGAGAGAGAGAGAGAAGCUCGGAGCAAAUGUAUGUGUAACUAAAACGAAUACUCAUAUUAUUUAGGAUACCCCGAUCGCGAUCGCACAAGCCAAACCAAACUAUUCAUCGAAUCGAAUUAACACAUUGCUGCUGAUUGAAUGUUAUCACUGCCAGAUUUUCAACGUUCAAUCGAUUGUAUCCCCAAUCGCCUAAGUCCCGGUACCAAGUAUCCUCGCUGUAUUUUCAUUUACGAGUAACUAGCUAGGCUAAUGCAACACCAAUGUUAACAAUUAACUUAAUUUAAUGUCAAUUAAAGGAAUUUAAAGCUGUUACCAA